AGUAAAAAAUAUAACAUUGCAAUCAUGUUGAAUUUAACAAAAUAUUGUAGCCCAAUAUUAACAAAAAACCUGAGAUAUCUACCAGUCAAAAAUUUAUAUACCUCUACUCCAAAAUCAAUCGCUACAAAUGUAACUCAUACAUUAAGAAGGAAUUUUCUUUCGUAUAAGGAUUUAUUCGGAGUUCAUUGCAUGAUCGCAAAAGGUUUUGCAUCGAAAUCAACUCAGAAGUCAGAUAAAAUUGUGGGCCAUUGGUUAUUAACCUGUAGUGGGAUGGUUUUUGUAGCUGUUACUCUUGGAGGUAUAACAAGACUUACAGAAUCUGGUUUAUCUAUGGUUACUUGGAAAUUGCUUGGUGAAAAAAUGCCUACUACUGAAAAUCAAUGGCAUAUGGAAUUUGAACAUUAUAAGCAAUUUCCUGAAUAUCAAAUCAAUAAUCAAAAUAUGACAUUGGAAGAAUUUAAACGUAUUUGGUGGAUGGAAUAUUUGCACAGAACGUGGGGUCGUUUAAUAGGUGCUGUAUUCAUAGUUCCAGCAACUUACUUUUGGGUAAAAGGUAUGCUAAAACCAGGCAUGAAAGUAAGAGUAGCCGUUUUGGGUUCAUUAAUUGGCUUACAAGGACUUAUGGGUUGGUAUAUGGUUAAAUCUGGUUUGGAAGAUCGUUUCGUGGAACCAUCAGAUGUGCCCCGUGUUUCACAAUAUCGGUUAGCCGCACAUUUAGGAAUGGCAUUUAUUUUAUAUACGGGAUUUUUGUAUAACGCUCUAGAUCACUUAGUUCCUGCUAAAAAAUUAGAUCUUACUAAUACGAAUGUUAAUAUCGAUAAUCUAAAAUCUAAGCUGAAAAGGUUCAGAAUAUUAGUUCACUCGACAAAAGGACUAGUCUUUUUUACUGCUUUAUCCGGAGCUUUCGUAGCAGGCAUGGAUGCAGGUCUUAUUUAUAAUACAUUCCCGAAAAUGGCGAAUAAAUGGAUACCGGAUGAUAUAUUUACGGUAUCACCUACAUGGAAAAAUUUUACUGAAAACCCAACUACUGUACAAUUUGAUCAUAGAAUUCUGGGCAUCACAACUUUGUCAUUAAUAACUUAUAUUGCGUUUGCAUCUCGCAAAUAUAAACUUCCUGGUAAUGCAAAAAAGGCUAUAUUAGCAGUGCUUGGUGCUGGCUAUUUACAAGUAUUAUUAGGAAUUUCAACGUUAGUACAUCAUGUACCUUUAUCACUAGCCGCAUCUCAUCAGUCUGGCAGUCUUAUUGUUUUGAGUACAAUGAUAUGGUUGUGUCACGAAUUAAAAUAUUUAAAAUAUGUAUUGAAAUAA